CGGCGCCCUCCGAGGGCGGGGGCGCAGGGAGGGGGGAACAAUUUCGCUCUUGGUGUGGCAGGGUCAUGAGAAAGCGGCGGUGGCGGGAGAGAGGCGGCGGCGGCGGGGCAGUGGAACUGCGGUAGCCGCCCGCCGGGCUGGUGGUGUGGCCUUGGGGGCGGCCGUCGCUCCCAGCCGCCUCUCCGGGCAGCCGCCGGGGCUCGGGGCUGAGGGCGGCCGCGGGGCCGCCUCCCCGGGCCCCCCGGCUCCGCCAUGUUCCGCAGGGCGCGCCUGAGCGUGAAGCCCAAUGUCAGACCUGGUGUCGGCGCCAGGGGCUCCGCUGCCCCCAACCCCCAGCGUGGCCGGGAGUCUCCGAGGCCGCCGGAGCCCGCCGCGGACUCCGCUUCCGAGCCGGCGGAGCCCACGGAUGUGCCCGCGGUGGAUUUCCGUGGAGCGGGGCCCCAGGAAAAGGCUUCUCGGGGCAGUGAUGAAAAGACUGGUCAUGAGAAUGAUGUUGAAGAAUCCAGUAAAUCUUCCUCUACUGUAUCACAGAGGAGAAAACGAAUAUCAAGUACUUCUAGUCUGGUUAAACCUAGAGUGAGUGUUCCUUCAGAACCUCAUCCCUCAUCUUCAGUUAAUCAGGAAGCACUACAGCCAAACUCUAUUCCAGGAAGAGAGAAACAGCCAUGCUCAGACAGAUACCGAAUAUAUAAAGCCCAGAAACUGAGGGAAAUGUUGAGAGAAGAGUUGAGAAAAGAAAAGAAACAAUGGAAAAACAAAUAUGCUAUAAAUGAAAGUCAGAGGCCACCAGAUCGUUCAAAAAUGACAAUGAGAGACUUCAUAUAUUACCUCCCAGAUAACAAUCCAAUGACGUCUUCGUUGGAACAAGAAAAGAGAACUGAAAAACCAUUGACUUCAGUCCAGACAAGAGAGCAGGAGAGUAAGAGUACUCCUGAUGCUGAAGAUAAUGAAGAAAUGGAAGAAGAAAGAGAUGAUGGGCCGUUACUUGUUCCUCGAGUAAAAGUGGCAGAAGACGGUUCUAUUAUUUUGGAUGAAGAAAGUUUAACUGUAGAAGUUUUACGAACAAAAGGCCCCUGUGUUGUUGAAGAAAAUGACCCCAUAUUUGAGCGUGGUUCUACAACUACGUAUUCCAGCUUUAGGAAAAACUAUUACUCUAAACCUUGGUCAAAUAAAGAAACAGAUAUGUUUUUUUUAGCCAUCAGCAUGGUAGGAACUGACUUCUCUAUGAUUGGACAACUUUUUCCUCACAGAGCAAGAAUAGAAAUUAAGAAUAAAUUUAAACGUGAAGAGAAAACAAAUGGAUGGAGAAUAGACAAAGCAUUCCAGGAAAAGCGCCCUUUUGACUUCGAUUUUUUUGCUCAUUUGCUUCAGAAAGUUCUUGCUGAAGAAGAGAAGAGAAAACAAAAAUCUGUUAAAAACCAGAGUUUAAAGGAGAAGAAAUCCUCCAAACCACAGAAAAGCCUAAAAGUGAAAAAAAUUGCCUGUGAAGGAGUGAAUGAUGAUCCUGAUGAGUCUGUGAGUAGUAGAAUCUCAGACACAGAAAUAUCUCAGAAGGAUGCUCAGACCGUGGAAGAAGAAGAGUCUCUGACUUUAUCAGGGCAGGAUUCAGAACAGGUUGUAUUAGAACAAGGCCUAAAUCAAAACAAAAGGAGAAGUAAAAAUCAAGAUGAAGCUAAUCAACAGGAAGUAAACGGUGUUUUAGGAAAUGCCACUGUUCACUUGGGCCCUUCUAAAGGAGAAAAACACAAGAAUAAAUGUCAGCCUAUAAGCACUGAGGUAAAUGAAGAUGAAUGCAGUAAGGAACAGAAGCUUUCCUGCGUACAAAAUAUUGGUGAUAUUGUGGUUGUUACCAACAAUGAAAAAUCUGAGAAGCGAACAGACCCUAUCCUUUCAUCAAGUAAGCAACGUGAUGCCAUGCCAGUAUCAAUUGAGUCUUCAGAAUCAAGCACUCCAGAUUUGCCUUCAUUGGAAGUUGGAAGUAGAGCACUGUGUGAGGAGAAUAAUGCCAAGAGUAGUUGUACAGAAGAAAGAAAUGUUGACUUAAAGAAGAAAUCAUUGGAAACUGAUCAAACAGAAAACAUUAAACCGAUCUUGAGAGGUCGAUUCCGGAAACCUAAACCCAAUUUAUCAAGGGCAGUUGGGAAGAAAUCAGUUCUUUCACAAGGCAGAACAGAAGAUGGAGAGAGCAAGAAUUCAUGCUCAGAAACUUCAGUUGAAAAGAAUCACAUGGAAGAAGAUAAAACGAAUACAUUAGAUAUUUAUGGAAUGGAGAAUGCAGAGCUAGAGAACCCGGAAACUGAAACUAUAUCUAAUUUGAGUGAAAAAAUGUGUCUACGGGAAAACAAUCGGCCACAGCCUUUCAGGCCAGCACGAGUAAUGAGGGGCCGACUGCAAAGGCCAAAGCCGAAUGGAGGUGAAGCUGAAAGAACCGAAGUUCUCAUACCAGAGAAAAAUGCUGAGGUCAAUGUAGAAGAGAGUGAAAGUGAGUCCUGUGUUGGUAGAGAUACUUUCCAACAAAUGGAUGAUCAAUCGUGUAAAAAUUUUGAACAUGAAGAUGUCACAUCACAGCAUGAAAAAAAAGAUGCUUUACAAAAUGUGCAGCUAGAUGAACCCAAGGCUCUUAAUGAAAGUCUAAGCAUUCACAAGGAUAAAAAAGCAAAUAUAUGCAACCAGGUCCCAAUUUUAAGAACUCGAUUUCAGAAACCAAAGCCAAAUAUAGGAAGAAGAACCGUCAGAAAAGAAAUUUCCUCAAAGGAAGAGUUACCAGAGAAGGUUGUUGCCUCUGGGGAAAUGACAACAUCUUUGGAAGAAAUUGUAAGACUAGACACUUCACCAAGGGAGACAGUAUCAGUAGAGUUUAAUAUGACUAAGGAAAUUGAAUCUAAUUUCAAAGAAACUGGAGAAAGAGAAAUUUCUCCCAAGGAGAAGGUUCUAGAAGCUCUUGACUUCACCCUGGAAAUGGUGACAGGUUUGAAAGCAACUGGAAGAGAGAUGUCCCCAAGGGAAAAAACAACAGAGAUGAUUUCUACUGAGGCAGUAGACUCAGCUUUGGAAGAAACUGGAAGAGAAAUAUCCCCACAGGAAAAUGACCCAGAAGAGUCCAAGCCUGUAGGUGAAAUGGGGACAGGGUUGAAAGAAACUGGCAGAGAGAUGCCAGUAAGAGAGAAGAUACCAGAAAUGAUUGAUGUCACUGAAGAAAGAGAAGAAGAUUUGGAAGAAACUGAAAGAAGAGAAAUAACUGCAUUGGUAGUAGUCUCAGAGGAAGCCAAAACUAUGGGUGAAAUAGAAACAGAUUUUAAAGAACUUGCAGGAGAAAUUUCCCAAAGGGAAAAGGUACCAGUGGAAGUCAGUGCCAUAGUGGAAAGAGAGAUUGACUUGAAGGAAACUGGAAAAAUAGAUGUUUCCCUGAUGGACAACAUAUCAGGAAAGAUGACUUGCAUUGAGGAAAUGGAGGCCGAUUUUAAAGAAACGGGAAGAGAAGUCUCCUUGAGGGGUGGACAGUUUGAAGAGAUCUGUAUUACAGAGGAAACGGUGGCAGAUUUGAAAACUGGAAAACUAGACAUUUCUCUAAGGGAAAAUGAACCAGAGGUGACCAGUACUUCAGGCCAAACUGAGACAGAUUUAAUGCAGAGCGGUAGUGGUGACUGCAGAGCCCCGUCUUCACUAGAUAUAAAAAACUUUAGCAGUGAAGUACAAUCGAUGAUGCAUACAUCUGUAGAAGAAAAAAGAAAUUCUAAACAAGAACUAUCACGUCACUUGAACCAUUUCAAGACUUCUUCACAGACUUAUGAAUUUGGUAAAACAGAAGACCAUGGUAUGCCACCUCCAGAUGUUCCAGAACAGUUUUCAGAUAUAAGGUACAACAAAUCUCUUCCUCAAGAACAGAAGCCACUUGAAAUAAAAUCAGCACCUUUUGUGAGAAGUCGAUUCAAAAGGCCAAAACCAAAUUUAACAAGAGCAGCUUUAAAGAGAGAGACUACAGACACAGCAAAACACUUAUCUGGGAAGAAAUCAGAAACUGAUAAAAUGGAGCCUAUUGUGAUACAACCCAAUAGUGAGCAAGCUGACACUCUCCCUUCUCAGCAUGGUGAUGCUUCUCUAAUGACAUCAAGAGAAAAAGACAAAUCAGGUUCUAAGAAUCAGGAGGCUGCGCUGUUACCAUGUAUACAGACUGAAAAGGUCCUUUCACCUUCAGAUUCUUGUGAACCUAAAGGGGAGUCACCGCUUUCACAAGUCCAGGAAAAUGACUUAGUUGUGUCUACGGGGACUCGUAAUAUAAACACUUUACAACAAGAAAUGAAGGAAAGUGUUACCCAAACUGCUCGACCAAUAAGGGGCCGACUACAGAGACCCAGACCAAAUGUAAGAAAGGCUGGACAGAGACCAACAGUAGAAAAAGGUGAAGCCAAAGCCAUAAUUAAGGAAGAAAAGACAGUAUUUCAAAAAGAUGAAACUAAAAAGAAAGUCCUGACUAUGCCAAAUUCUCAAAUUGGAACUGAAAUUGAAGUUGCAUCCUCCAAAGUUUCAGAAUGCAGAAUAUAUGAAAAUCAACAUCAAGUGGUUGUAGAAAACCUUUAUGUUAACAAAACACAUGUGUUAGAUGAAAAAAUGAGGCAUGAAAAUAAACCAUGUGUUCCUAGUCCAGCACAGUUGAUAAGAAGGAAAUUCCAAAAGGCUAAACCAAAUUUGGGAAGAGCACAUGGUAAAAAAGGGUAUCAAGCUAUAGAAAAAGGCACAGCAAUGCAGAGCAAGGCAAGCAAGCCUGAAGAUAAUUUACUGCAGCAAGGAAGUCCUGACACCCAGCUCCUUCCAAAAGAAAAGUCUGAGCUUAUGACAUCUCUGGAGGUUUUGUCAACAAGAGAUUGUGUAGAUUCCAAAGAGUCUGGUUUGGCAAAAAAAAAUGCCGAAUUAGAAGAAGUUGGACCAUCAGGAAGGGUUGGAGAGGAAGCUGUGGGAGACAAUUCAAUGUCUUUAAUUGCUGAAGAGCAGGAUCUCAGUAAGCUAGCAAGCUCUCCACAACUGUUAAAAGAACCAAAUCACUCUAAAGCUGCUCCUGAUAGAAGAACAACUCUCUUUUCUGCAUCUGAAUGUGAGAUAGAUCAUAGUGAAAGGAGAAUACAUAGAAAGAUCAAGCCGAGUGUCACCAAAGGGCGUGGAUCAAAACGAAUUCGGGGUAAGACUUCUAAGAAGGAGCCUAGAGCUUCCAAGGCCAUGCUGGUGACUCUUCGAGCUUCCCAGGAAGAAGAAGAAGAUGAUGCUGAAGAUUUUGAGUCUGACUACGAAGAAGAAAACUAUCACCUUGCUCCAGAAGAAGUGAACAAAGCUCCGGUGUUUGUGCCUGUUGGCCUCAGAUCUCCCGAACCUGUUUCUGCUCAGAUUGAGGAAACAAUGGAAGAGCUUGAAAUAACCGUGAAUGUCCCAGAUGUAGGAUGCAUAGCUGUUGUUGAACAUCAGUUCCCAAACACAGAUGUUGUGACGACUCAGGAAGUGAAACAAGAAGAAAGUUUGCAUGCAUCCUUGUUUGAAAUGGCCACAGAUGAACAUACCCAGAAUGAACCAGGUACCAACGAUGGAAGCACUGAAGCUGCCAUAACUUUACUUACAAUGGGUGAUCUAGUACUGCAGUCCGAGAUCAGUACCGAACAGGGUGAUGUAGGAGUAUGUGUGCUUCCUCAUGUCCAUUCAGAGGAUAAAAGCCAUAUUCCUUUUAGCCCAGAUAAUGUAAAUCACAAAAUUGUUCAUGAAUAUCAGGAGCUUUCUUCACCUGUCAUUGGUAUGUUUUCUGCAUCAUUUGAAGAAAACAAGAUUGUGUUGGAGGAACAAAGUAUCAGAGAAGAAGUUACUUUAAUGGAGAGCAUAGAAGAGAAUUCUUCACUAGCCAGGAAUACAGCUUCUAGAGUAACCAGUAAUUUGAGAAUGAGAAAUAGAUUUUCCAAGCCUAAACCAAAUCUUAGGAAAAUUUUAGGGACCAACAGGUUUCAUGAUCAUCAAGAAGUUCCUAGUUUGUGUGUAACCAAAGGGGAAGAACUGGAAACUCAAAGAGAAACUGAGAAAAAUGCUUCCAAAGCAACAGAAUUGGAAGAUAAAAACCUCGGGCCAGUUACAACAGCAGAGAGUAAGGAGCAGACCUCAUUGGCAUGUGUACAUGGUAUCAAAGGGACCAGUGUUUCUCAAGAAGUAAACCUAACCAAAAGAAAUGAACACCAAGAAGAGGGGUCUGAAGAGAUUCAUAUAUUGUCAGUUGCUCCAAUUGCUUCCUCUGAAACAGGGCCCCGGACACCUGGCUUGGGUAGGGGUCUUGGUGAGAGUUCUGUUGAAGAGCCCCAACCAAAAAACUCUGAAGGAGACAGUAUGCUUGCACUUCAUGUGCCAGAGUGUAUACCAACUGGUAGUAUUCCAGAAAUUCAACAAGAGAAUGGAAUCAUUCCUCAGGAUUGGAUUGUGAAUUUAGCUGUGAAUGUACCUCAAGAUGGAGAAGAAGAACAGGCAUUCAUUUUAACACUGGUGGAAAUCCCAACCAGUGCAGUGGAAGAAUUUACUGAUGCCAAUGAACAGUUAAUACCAAACCCUUUACUGCCAGCACCCAUAUUGGUCAAAUCAAUGAAUAACGAAGAAAGGAAUGACAUGAGUAUUUGUUUACCAGUAACUUCAGGUGGUCAAGAUGCCAUGUGUUUAUCUAAUUCUGGAAGAGCUGAUUCUGAAAAACCUCCUGAUAAUUGGGAUUUUAUACCUAGGAAGAGAUUGUAUUGCAGGCUUGAUGAAAAUAAUCGUGUUCCUUCUGCCAAAAAACGUUCACUCACUUUGAGAGAUGAUUGUCAAGAAUGUGCAUCUGAGGUGUAUUCAAAGGAAUUAAUAAAUGUUUUUGACGGCACAGGGGAGUCUUACAAGGGACAAGAUGUUUUUCCUACCUCAGGAAACACACAUACAACUCCAGCACCUCAAAAAGAGCAAGUUGAAUCAGUUUUUCAGAAUAUAGGCUCUAGAUCUCUUGAUACACCUGUAGAAAACAAUAUGCCUCAGUUACCUCAGGAUGCAAUGACUGUGUCUGAGCAGGAAGAAAGAACCGAUGCGGCUCCUAAGUCUGAACAAAUGAGUAGCAGAACGUCAUCUUCAAAAACUCCACUAUCCAGACCUGGCAGAAGGCCCCUGGGAUUUUUGUCUUUAAUAUGUUCAAAAAGUAGUUUGGAGUCUGAUGAACCUGCUCAGGUCCAUAGUAAGAAGCGUCUAAAGCCUCUUAUACCUGCGUCAAGACAGAAAUCGAAAAGAUCCAAUCCAGUCAAUGAAAGCCAGAAAAAAAAUCGAGAGUCCUCUGAUCUGCCUGCAUCUCCAAGUGUUAUUAAUACUCAGUCUGAGAAUACUGGCAGUUCAGCAGCUCAGAUUUCUCAUGAUCGGCCCUUACUGAAAAAAGGAUGUAAAAGUGGCCAAAACAGAGCACCUGAAGAGGAGGCAGCCUCAGUCUCUGAAUAUUUUUUCAAUGAUAUCUUCAUUGAAGUGGAUGAAACAGCAUAAAACAAUUUUGUGUGUGUGUUUUAAGCCUAGGAUUUUCAGUCAGUUACAUCAACAAAACAGUAUUUAGAACAAAGCAUCAUUGUCUACUUUUCUUUAGGUUCACUUGAAUAUUUAAUAAGCUUGAUUUGAAGCUUUUAUAAUCAGUAGAAAAACGUGUCUGAGGGUCCCUUUGUUCUGAUUGAUUCCACACUUUGCAAAUGCCAAGCAAUUAAGACUGCUUUCUGAGAUCGAAAUAGCAACUUUUGUUUACAUUUUGACUCUUCCUGUGCUGAGCACACAUGGACAUUUGGGUAUGUUGUGGAUCAAUGUCUCUGUAUAAAUCACAAUGCAGGUGUAUUUGGAGGUUGUAUUGUAUUUAACAUUUAGCAUUUCUUCUGUGAAGGUGUUUGUUUUUAGGGGAAUGAUGAGAGGAAGCCUUUUCAGUUGCCCCUGCGUAUAAUCAUGCACGGCAUAACAAUGCUGGAGUCAGUGGCAGACCAUGUAUAUGACAGUGGUCCCAUAAGAUUAAAAUGGGAAUGAAAAAUUUCUGUUACCCCAUGACAUCUAAGUCAUUAUAACGCAAUGCAUUGCUUUCUCUGUAUUUAGAUAAUAAAUACUCACCAUUGUAUUAUAGUUGCCUGCAGUAUUCAGGACUGUAACAUGCUGUAUAGGUUCCUAGCUCAGGCGCAGUGGGCUACACCACAUAGCCUAGAUGUGUGGCAGGCUGUACCAUCCAGGUUUGUGGAACUACAGUCUCGGCUCACAUGGCAGCAAAAUCACAUAACAAGGCAGGCAUUUCUCAGAACACGUCAUUACAUAACACAUGACUAUAUGUGAAAACAAAUGUCAAAUUCCACUUUAGUAUGGUAAAUGUUAAAGACACUUUUCUAUUACGAGCUGUUCAUCUGACUUUAAAAAAGUGUAUUUUUCUAACUCAUGGUGAUGUAACAUUAAUCCUAGUUGCAAAACUAGUAUUUAAACUCGUUAUUUAUAAAGAUGAUACAUCAAAGAACUUAUUUAUUUUUAAAAUUUUUAUUUAAAAGGAUAUCCACUUUUAAUUAUUUUCACCCUUCACAUUGUAGGUAAGGAAGGCAUUAACAGCUUUGUGUUUGUCUUCUUUUCCUUUUUAAUUUUAGAGAUAUUUAAAAGAUAGAACCAAAAAUAUUUAGAUGGUAUAUAUGUCUUGGAUACAUUUUCCCCUCAUAGUUUAGUUUAGACUUUGUACUGUGAAUUUUUGUUUUUCUUAUUUCUUGGAUAAUCUCAGGAUUUUUAUGGGGAGGGACUCUUAACUAUAUGAGAUAAACUUCCACACAAGACUCAGCCUGCUCCUCUCUCUCUCUCUCUCUCUCUCUC